AUUGUAUUGCACCUUUGUGGUCACAUGCUAACAGGAAGACAGUUUGUUUUACUGGCUUACAUUAUGUCGUCACUUCCGGCUGCCGCUCGGCGGUGAGGUGAAUCCGGGCGCUGGGUGUUUGUAAUGAGCAGCAGCAGCCCGUGUACGGAUCAUGGAGUGUGUUCCUGCUGCUAUUGAUGAAUUUGAGUGUAAAAAGGAGGCGCACACAGAUGAUCCUGAACACAAUGUGUACACUCGCUUUAUGAAGUCCCACCACUGCUAUGACCUGGUGCCAACUAGCUCCAAAUUGGUGGUGUUUGACACCUCUCUGCAGGUGAAAAAGGCUUUCUUUGCUCUCGUCUCCAAUGGAGUGAGAGCUGCUCCACUCUGGGAUAGCAAGAAGCAGUGCUUUGUUGGUAUGUUGACCAUAACCGAUUUUAUCAACAUACUUCAUCGCUACUACAAGUCCCCGAUGGUUCAGAUAUAUGAAUUGGAAGAACACAAAAUAGAGACAUGGAGAGAGGUCUAUCUACAGGAUUCCUUCAAACCUCUCGUUAGCAUAUCACCUAAUGCCAGUCUGUAUGACGCCGUGUCGUCGCUGCUAAAGCACAAGAUCCACAGGUUGCCGGUAAUCGAUCCUCUGACAGGGAACACGCUGUAUAUCCUUACUCACAAGAGGAUUCUCAAGUUCCUCAAACUCUUCAUUUCAGACAUGCCCAAACCAGCAUUCCUAUCAAAGUCUCUCGAAGAACUCAACAUCGGAACAUUCCAGAACAUUGCAAUGGUCCAUACGGACACACCGCUCUACACGGCGUUGGGAAUCUUCGUUGACCAGAGGGUGUCUGCCCUGCCUGUAGUCGACGAUAAUGGAAGGGUGGUUGACAUCUACUCCAAGUUUGACGUCAUAAACCUGGCUGCGGAAAAGACGUAUAACAACCUGGAUAUUACUGUCACCAAGGCCCUUCAGCACCGCUCUCAGUACUUUGAGGGAGUUCUGACCUGUCAAGCACACGAGACACUGGAGGCCAUCAUCAGCAGACUGGUGGAGGCGGAGGUGCACAGAUUAGUGAUGAUCGACGAUCACGAGGUGGUGAAAGGCAUCGUUUCUCUCUCGGAUAUUCUUCAAGCUCUGGUGCUCACCAACGGAGACAACGGUAAGACUGCUUAAAGGUCCCAUGGCAUG